AUGAACGCCGCCACGAUUGCCAUCAUCUUCAUCUCGGCCCUCGUGCUCGCCCAGUCUGCCCCGACUACUACGACGACAGCCGCCACAACGAUGCCCCUCGGCGCCGCCUCUGCCAGCAACUCCUCGAUGAAUGCCACUGCCACCGCCACAUCCUCUCCAGUUAUCUUGCCCGCACCCGCAAACUCAAUGAUGGCCACGAUGGCGCCGGGAAGCAAU